AUGCAGCAAAAGCGUCGAGCCUGGACCCGUACUAUUGAAAAAGUCAAAAAGUCACACUGGAAACAGUUCCUAGACGGAGCUGGGGAAGGAACGCUAUGGAAAGCGGCUACCUAUAUGAAACCGCGAGAGACCUGGGGUUGCAUCCCGGCCUUGCACGUUGAUUCAAACGAACUGGUGGAGAACGAGGACAAGGCACAAGCAUUUCUGGACACUUUCUUCCCCAAAAUGGACCAACCCCUCGAAGACCCACCAGUCCAGGCCCCGUUGGAGCUACCCUGGCCACUAAUCACGGAACUGGAAAUCCAGCGAUCUCUUAAAGCAGCCAAAAGCUCCACGGCACCGGGCGAAGACGGUCUACCGACGCUUGUGUGGAAACACCUAUGGAAGUAUAUAGGAAAGCUCAUUACCAGAAUCUUCACAGCAUCAAUUAAACUAGGGCACCACCCAAGACGUUGGCGGAGAGCAAAGAUCGUGGUGCUGCGGAAACCUGGGAAGCCGGACUACUCGAUCCCUGGGGCCUAUCGCCCGAUCUCACUCCUUAACACACUAGGUAAACUUCUUGAGGCAGUCAUGGCUCGACGACUAUCGUACCUCGCCGAGAAGCACGGCUUACUACCCGACACACAAUUCGGAGGGCGACCGGGCAGGACCACUGAACAAGCCCUGCUAGUCCUUUCCAACGCGAUUGACCAAGCUUGGUAUAAACAUGGAGUAAUGACACUCAUCGCGUUCGAUCUGAAAGGGGCCUUCAACGGAGUCAACAAAAUCAGCCUUGACGCCCGCCUCCGAGCAAAGGGAAUCCCAGCCGUAGCUAGAAAGUGGAUUGCAAGCUUUAUGAGCGAACGCUACGCUAGCAUAGGAUUUGAUGACUUCCGUACCGAGGUCGCCCUGCUAGUCAACGCAGGACUGGCGCAGGGCUCACCCCUCUCACCCAUUCUGUUCACAUUCUUCAACUCCGACCUGGUCGACCAACCAGUCACCUUUCGUGGUGGCGCAUCAGCGUUCAUUGAUGACUACUUCCGCUGGCGAGUAGGCCGCUCAGCCGAAGAGAACCUAGCCAAAAUCCAGUCAGAGGAUAUCCCUCGCAUCGAAGCGUGGGCGCAACAGACUGGCUCCUGCUUCGCAGCUGAGAAGACCGAGCUUAUCCAUAUCACCAGGAGAAGAAGCGAGCAACUACAAGGGCAAGUAGUCAUAAACGGGAAAACUGUCAAACCAUCACCCACGGCGAAGCUACUGGGUGUGAUCUUCGACCAUGAGUUGCGGUGGAAAGAGCAUGUCCAGCAAGCCAUCAAACGUGCCACCAAGGUAACCAUUGCUCUGGCCGGACUGCGACAUCUACGCCCAGAACAGAUGCGACAAAUUUACCAAGCGUGCGUCACACCAGUGGUAGACUAUGCGUCAACGGUCUGGCAUGACCCUCUACGUGAUAAAACCCACCUGCGCCACCUAAACACAGUGCAAAGGGCCCCUCUGGUUCGUAUCCUGUCGGCGUUCAGGACAGUAGCGUCCGCCACUCUAGAAGUGGAAGCACAUGUCCUUCCAACACACCUCCGCCUCCGCCGCCGAGCACAAUAUACCAUCGCGAGACUCCACACUCUACCUCGUAUUCACCCUAUUUGGGGUGCGCUCCUCCGAGCUCAGAGACGAAGGAACAACAUUGGAAACUACGCUCGGUUCCCACUGGCGGAAGCUCUAAAGACUAUGGACUUACAAAGAUUGGAUGAACUAGAAACGAUUGACCCAAGUCCACUGCCACCGUGGCGAGCUGAACCCUUCGCGGAGAUUGAGGUUGGAUCGGACCGAGAAACGGCCGUGGAGCGAGCUGAAACUACACGGUCCACAUCGGAUAUUGUUGUCUACUCAGAUGCCUCUGGACGCGAGGGUCACCUAGGCGCUGCCGUUGUGGCACUCGACAGCAACUUGGAGACUGUCGAAUCUCAACAGAUUCAAGUAGGACCAAUGGACCGCUGGUCGGUUCAUGUAGCGGAGCUUAUUGGCAUCUUCUACGCUAUCAGCACAGUGUUUAAAGUUGCCCAUCAGCCCUCAGAAAGCUUAGAAAGGAGACGGAGAACAGCGACAAUACUGUGCGACAGCCGAUCAGCCUUGCAGGCGACUCAAAAUCCGACGAUCAAAUCUGGACAGCGGAUCAUCCAUGCGAUCCUCCAGGCUGCCACAGAGGUCCAAACAAAAGGAAUCGCGUUGCGCCUUCAAUGGGUGCCAGGGCACUGCGAUAACCCUGGAAAUGACGCUGCAGAUCAACAGGCCAAGGAUGCUGCACGCCCAGGCAAGACGCACCCCUUCCGCCCACUACUCUCGAGGGAGAGCGCGCGCCUCCACGGCAAUAUCCUUAAUCAGUGGGAGCAGGAAUGGAGGUCAUCCAACAAAGGUGGUCACCUACGAAAGAUCGACAGCACCCUACCAGCAACUCACACGAGGAGGCUAUAUGGGAGCCUGCCCAGGAACCGAGCGUACUUAUUAACACAGCUACGCACAGGCCACAGUUGGUUAUCUACCUACGCGAAAGCCUUUCGCUUCCGCGACGACGACCGGUGCGUGUGCGGCGCACAAGAAACUGUCACCCAUGUGCUGGUGGAUUGUCCAGAUCUGAGGGACAUUCGAAGAGAGCUACGGAGGGAAGUAGGGGACGCGCUCAGUAGCGUCUCGAGUCUACUGGGAGGCUCGACCGUAGGUAAGAAAGGUAAACCAGACACCGUCUCAAGGGCAAAGACGGUCAAGGCCGUUUUGGACUUCGCCGAGGCGUCACAGCGGUUUUGGAGUCGCGCGCCACGAGGGCAGCCUAACAAUGGGAACGGCAGUUAG